AUGGAAGCGGCAUCUCAAGCACGCAAGGAGCGGCUAGAGGCCCUCAAGAAGAGGAGGUACGGCGGAGAUGCAGAAUCAAGUGAGAAGGCCAAACUUGGUGGUGCCGAGGGGACAAGCAGCGCAGAAGGCGAUCAGGCUGAGGAUCUGCAGCAAAUCACGACUGCUAGAUUGGUCAGAAGCUUCCGAAAUUACGAUCGAGAGACGGGAGGUUUGAAAAAGUUCAAGUACGAUGAGAGGCCAAGGGAGACCGUAGAAGAGGGUGAGCUGCAGUUCGGAGCGGCUUCAAUGCGCAAAGCGAUGAUCUAGCUGGAUUUCGAACAGAUCCACGUGGGCUGUGAAGAGCAAUCUGCACUCAUCAGCGCGCGCGAGGUGAUUUGCCUAAGCUGACAUCCCUUACUCAAAUCGGACAUGUAGAGGUGAAAGGCGUCCAAGAAGCCAUUCUGGCGAUGGAUGAGCUGAAGCGCAAAGAGGAACUCGUGAGUCCUCAAUCGAUUUUUGCGACCAGUGGCGUCGACUGAGCCCGUAUCUGACGCAUACAUGCGGUAUCGCCUCGGCCGUCACUCAGGACCUGACGAACAUCGCACCUCGCAAGCCAAAUUGGGAUCUGAAGAGGGACAUGGAAAAGAGGUUGGCCAAACUGGAAAGACGGGACAAGGAAGCCAGGCUAAUCCUCAUCAGGCAACGACUGCAAGCUGCGCAAGGUGGGGUGGACAGCGUGAGCGGCAAGAGCGUCUCUGCAGCAGCUGCUAAUGCACAGCUUAGAGCUGCUGAGGCUGAGUUGGCCGCCGGAGUCAUCGGCAACGGAGUUCAACCCGACGACGUGGAAGGGCUCGACAGCGACGAAGAAUAA